CCCAGGCAGCUGGGUGGGGGCGGGGGAGCUGCCAGCCCGCCAAGCCCCAGACCUGGGAGGGGAGGCCCCUCCUGUUAGCCCAGAGGGAAAGAAGGAACUGGGGCGAUCCGGGAAGGCCAUAGCCACAAUGCUUAACUGCAUGCUUCCAACAUGGGGCUGGUUUUAACCCAGCGCUUUGACCUAAACUGCUCAGCUCCCGGAAAUUCCAAGGAGGAACCUGGUGGCCUUAGUCCUUCAGGUGGAUCAACGUGCGACAUGGGAAAGAAAACCAAGAGGACAGCUGACAGCUCUUCUUCAGAGGAUGAGGAGGAGUACGUCGUGGAAAAGGUGUUAGACAGGCGCAUGGUUAAGGGGCAAGUGGAGUAUCUGUUGAAGUGGAAAGGCUUUUCUGAGGAGCACAAUACUUGGGAACCUGAGAAGAACUUGGAUUGUCCUGAACUAAUUUCUGAGUUUAUGAAAAAGUAUAAGAAGAUGAAGGAGGGUGAAAACAAUAAGCCCAGGGAGAAGUCAGAAGGAAACAAGAGGAAAUCCAGUUUCUCCAGCAGUGCUGAUGAUAUAAAAUCUAAAAAAAAGAGAGAGCAGAGCAAUGAUAUCGCUCGGGGCUUUGAGAGAGGACUGGAACCAGAAAAGAUCAUUGGGGCAACAGAUUCCUGUGGUGACUUAAUGUUCUUAAUGAAAUGGAAAGACACGGAUGAAGCCGACCUGGUUCUUGCAAAAGAAGCUAAUGUGAAAUGUCCACAAAUUGUGAUAGCAUUUUAUGAAGAGAGACUGACGUGGCAUGCAUAUCCAGAAGAUGCGGAAAACAAAGAGAAAGAGAGCUCGAAGAGCUAAAGGAGGGCGUGGUCUCUGUCAUUUCUCUUUGUAUAUAAUACGUUCACCUUCCUGCCUCCUCUCCCUUCUCCCAUCCUUUUCCAUCCUAAACACAUCCAUAAAAAUAUGUGCUUAUCACUGUGCUUCAUGGGAGAGAUGUUGGUAUUGGUUCUCUUGUAAUAUAACCGAUGGUCGGAUUCAUAAGUGUAACUCUGUGAAAAUCAGGCAUUUACAUGCCAUGUGUAAUUCCCACAGUUUUUCCUUUUGCCCUGAUCUUUUUCUUCUGCUCCCCUGUAACAUUUUAAUCACCUUAGAGUCAUGAUCUUUUUGGGCCAGUUGCUUUUUAAGCUGGGGGGUUUUAUUACAAUGAUGAUGACUUCAGUUUCUUUUCAUUGUUAUUAGAAUGUAUUGAUGACCACCUUUGUUUGGACAUAGAAAGGAUGUUGUCCAUCUUUUAGAAAGCCUGGAGCAGUGGCCUACUUGUGUCUUUUCCCGUCUCAUCUAUCUCUGCCAGGAGAAUAUAGGGUUCCUGGUUUGGUCUUCUGGGCCACCCCUGUUUGUUCUCACUUACCCUUCCGUAACAACUCUGCUCUUUUGAGGGCUUGGAACUUUACAUUUAAAUCUGUCAAGGCACUCUCUUUAGCCCUCAGGCUUUUGGCUUUUUUAUUAUCAGUCCCUGAUUCUGCUUCUGUAAGGUGGCAUAAAAUGACAAGAUGAACUGUGGAGUCUGUAAGCUGUAGUGCAGGAGGAUAGUAGGAUGAGGCCAGAUACAGUUGUCUUUGGUAUUACAUGGUAUAUAUGUAUUCUUUCCUUUCAUCCCUCAUAUUUAGACUAUAUCUAUUUAUGUAGGUGUGAGUGAUUGCCUGGGGCUUGCUUGCUUGUGCCAAGGUGCUGGGCACCCUCUAACCCUGCCAACUUCUAUGGCCUCCCAAAGCUUCCUGUUACCAAAGAGGCAUCAGAGUAAAUUCACCUCUUAGUGGACUCACAUUCCCUUGUGUGCCAUUAUUUUCAAUUGGGAAUUCUUAGAGAGAAGCCACUAGCCACAGUAUCAGUUUUUAAAUACUCACAGUAGUACUAAUCUGUAAUUUUACUGUCUCAUGACUCCUGGAUUUGCCACCAAGUCCUCAAAGUAUUAAUGUUCCUCACCUUCUCCACCCUCAGACUUUUAGUUGUAUCUUAUUUUUUGGUUUUUCGAGACAGGGUUUCUCUGUGUAGCUUUGCGCCUUUCCUGGAACUCACUUGGUAGCCCAGGUUGGCCUCGAACUCACAGAUCCGCCUGGCUCUGCCUCCCGAGUGCUGGGAUUAAAGGCGUGCGCCACCACCGCCCGGCCUGUAUCUUAUUUUUUAAAGCUGUAUUUUCUUGGAAGACUCAUCUCAGAAAGUGACAGGUCUUGACAUUAGCUUUUUGGCACAACCUUCUCACAACAAACUUUCCUUUUUGGCUUACUCUUGCUUUGCUGUUAAUAUGUUCUGACCCUGCUCUGCUUUUUUGUCCUUUAAGAGAUGCCACCUUCUCUUCAUUCUUGUAUAGUUGAGGAGGCUGGAGAAUCAGGACUAAAAGUAAGGAAAUAACAGGGUUUGGAGCUAAGUACUCUUGUCCCAGCUCCAAGGCUGAGGAUAAAAGAAUAAAUGCUGAGGUAGCCUUAAUGCUAGACUUAAUCAGCUACUGAGGCUGUUUUUGUUGUUGUUUCUGAUUCUUAUAACAUAGCUGUCUGGGCUGGAACAUCCAGCCAUUUCUGGAUUAUUCAUGGUAAUGAGAGAAGUGGAUGGAGUGCUCCAGUCCACAGAUGGGCCAAAUAAUGUGCAAAUCAUAGACCCAUUCAUAGCAUUUGUUAGCUUUGCUUUUCUGCUCAACUGCUGAUUGAAUCCUGUGUGCUUGCAUAAAUAUGUCAACAGUUAGACUGCACAGCGGAGAAGACAGCUGCUGCAGUGACGAGGCAGACAGACAAUGAAGCUUUGCCCUGAGUCAGCCAGGGAGAGCCUGUGGAUGGUAAUGUGGUCAGGGAAGAGCACCUAACCCAUACCUCACAUGGGUGAGUGUUUCUCUCUCCAUAAUCCAUUGCUGGAGUUAGAGGCUAGAUCAAGUUCUGGAUAAGUGACUGUUGUCUGUACUUAACUUGAAACUUGAGGAAAGGAAAGAAGGGUGGUUAGAAAGCAGAUUUGCCAUACAAACAACCAAGGAUAGUGGUAAUUAGAGUAGAUGAAAAUGAGAAAGAAUAAGCCAGAGCUCCUGGUGUGAUCUGAGUGUCUUGAUUGAAAACUGGAAGAAAGGACAGCCUGUCUGGGUAGUCAGUGGUAGUGGGCUUGUAAAUUGGGGUGACAAAAUCUUUUAAAGCCAAAAUCUUAGCCUGUGGGCAAGCAUAACAGUACAUAUUUGGUACUUGAUACUAAGACUGCUCCUAAGAAGCCAGGCCUGGUGGGUUAAGCAUAUAGCCCCAGACUGUGAUACAGGGUGUUUUAUGUUCCAGGCCUUCUGGGAAACUUAGUGAGACCCUGUCUCAAAAUAAAAAGUAUAAAAGACUGAGGAUAUAGUUUGUUGAGAGUUCAAUCCUUUGUAAUGCAAAAAAGUCUAGGGAAGGAGUGGCCCUGAGAAGCCUACAGUGCAUAAUCACUGAGACGAUAGAUGGUGUUUAACAAGAUCGUGUACUAUUUGCCAUUGUUUUAAUAACCUUUACUCCAUCUUUUCGGUCCUCAGUUCAUGGUUUUCUGCUAAGUAUUACCAAAAUGUCCUUGCUCUUAAUAUUAUUGCUGGUUAUAUCUAGAAAUAGAGAACUGUGAUUUCAGUAUUAUCUUAAGUGUGAAGAAGUCAGACACCCGCCUGUGCCUCUAGCUUGUGUUGGUGCCAAGUAGCUUGUUUCUGCUAGAGGAUGGCAGCCUCAGAUAGAAGAAUUUCCUACAGAUUUCCUCCCUUUAAAGAGUUUGCAGCCAAAGGUGAAACACUAUUAAACACCUAAGUAUAUUUUCCUGUGUAAAUCAUUUUCAGAACUAAUUUUGUGGUAUUAGGAAUUGAACCCUGGGGUAGCUUAGACACGCCAGGCAGGUACUCUACCACUGAACUGAUAUGUGCCCCAUGCCCAACAUUACACCAUUUUGUUGUAGAGCAGGCUGGCCUCACACUCAAGAUCCACUUGCCUCUGCCUCCUGAGUCCUGGGAUUUAAAGGCUGUCUUGGCCUAUUGUUUGAAAGUUUUAUAUACCAGGCUAACCCCAACUUGUGGUAUAGUCAGAGGUGACCUUGAAUUCUUGAUCCUCCUGCCUCUGCCUCCCAAUCCCUAGGAUUACAAGUGUGUGCCACCAUGCCUGGCUCUCUCAGCCCCUUUUAAAAAUUUUUAUUUUGAGACUGGCCCUUCAAAGUUACUUAUGUUAGACAGGUAUGGUGGUGCACACCUUUAAUCCCAGCAUUUAGGAGGCAGAGCAGGUGGAUCUCUGAGUUGGAGGCCAGCCUGGUCUAUAUAGUGAGUUCUAGGCCCGCCAAGGUUAUAUAGACCCUAAUCUCAAAAGGAAUAUAAAGAAAAGGCCAGCCUCAAACUUAGGGUCUUUUUGUAUCAGUUGUGAGGAACCAUACCUAACUCAAUAUUUUUUUAAAGUUAAUUACUUUAUGUAUAUGGGAUUUCUGUCUGCAGAUAAGUCUGUACACCAUGUGCAUGCCUAGUUCCCUAGGAAACCAGAAGAGAGCCAUAUCCCCUGGGAUAGGAGUGAGCCACGAUGUGGGUAUUGAGAAUCAAAUCCUUGUUCCCUGCCAAAGUAGUCAGUGCUCUUAACUGCUGAGCUAUCUCCCCAGCCCCUCAAAUCAUGUUUUUUGUUUGUUUGGUUUUGGUUUUUUGAGACUGUGUUUCUUUGUUUAGCCCGAAGUUACUUGGUAAGCUCACCUCAAACUCACAGAUCUGCCUCUGCCUCCUUAGUGAUGAGAUUAAAGGAGUGCAAACCACUCCCCCCCCUCUCCCCCACCCACCCCACCCACCCCCCACCCCCCGGCCAGGCUCAGAACAUCUUCCUGAACCUGAAUUUCUUUUCUUUAUUUUUUUCCUGCAUAGCUCUGGAUGUUUCUUGCUGGCUUCACCCUCUAAUAGGCAUGUUACCAAGAGCAUGUUGCCAGCUUUACACAAAAGCAGAGAUGAACGGGGUAACCCACCAACUUGACACUGUGCUGUUCACAUUCCCACAACAUUAGCACACAUCAGUAUUGGUUUCAUUCAACAAACAUUUUGGUUCAGGAUACAAAGUUUAUCACCAUUGCCUCUCAGAGAACUUUGAUAACGGUGUGGGAUGUUGAUCUUCACAGUUUUGUAUGUAAAGAACUACACAUACAUAAGUUUCUGCUUUGGGGUAGAACAGUCCAGUGUACAGAAGGACAAGUCUUGGGCGGACGGUUCAGUGUGGCAGAGUGCUAGUGGAGCAUUCAUGGAGCCCUGGGUUCCCACAGGGAACCUUGGUGUGGAAAGACCUGUGGUCUUAGAUGAACUGAGUUUCUGGCCAUGGGGACAUUGCAGAAAAUAAAGAGGAUACAGAUGAGUGAA